GUCUCGUCUGGAAUUGGCUUCGCUGCGCAUCGUACAAAUUGAUGAAAAGUGUACGCGUUUUGUGUGAAACAUGCGGUGAUUUGUACAACUUUUAACAAUUAAUUUAGUAAUAAUUGUUGGCAAUAUGGAGAAAAAUAAACGAAUCAAAUUAUUUUGGUUCGUAGUGAUGUUUUUUAAUUUUAUUUUCGGAGUAACCGGUGUAAUAAUAUGUAGUUUCAAAAUUAAACACUCUGAUGACGAAGAAGUUCAAAUCGGAUUCUUCAAACUAUCAAUGCUAUUUGCAGCAUGCAAUCUAAUACUUAGUGUUUUACUUUUAAUUGCAGUUCUAAAGAAGGACCAAAAAUAUGCAUUCCUCUAUGCUUUAUUGAUAUUCAUAAGUCUUUUUGCGGCUACAAUGCAUAUAGAAAGUCACACAAGCCAUAAUUACACAUAUUUGAUUAUAUUUGUCGUUUUUGCAUUCAUAUGUUUCAUAUGGUUUACAACUUACGCUGCAUAUCAAUUUUGGUUAAAAGAAACCGCUACUGAAGGUAGUUCCCAAUGUUCCACUCCAAUUGAUGAAGUUUAAAGAAAUAUCACUGUACAGGAGAUUCCUGAUUACGUUAUUUUUUAGUUCAUUUGUAAUGGCAAAUAAAACACUAAACUUUCUUCUUAUUCACCUUUACUACAUCGUUAAACUAUAAACCAAUAAGUAGUGGACUGUAUUUACUGUUUAACUAAAUUGUACAUUGGAACUAAAACAUUUAUACACUCUUGCUAAUUGACAUCAACCAAAAUACAUAAUAUAUAAAUAUAUUAUAAGAUAGUAACGCAAUAAUAAUCACACGCACACUACCAAGGCCAAAAAGCAAGUGUUACAUUUCUUUUUCUAUUUAUCUUGCGGCCCAGCGUUAACCGUCUAGACAAGCAAAAAAAGGUCUAAAAAUAGAAAUCACAGUACAGCUUGUUGCCACGGUAACAACAUUCAGUAUAUGCGGCGAACAGAUUAAUAACAAGAAAGAAAUAUACAUAUAUACGAGGUGCGUUCACAGCAAUCACUAAUACCAUCGAUGUACCAAUUAUAAGUGAAGUAACCAUAUAAUCAUAUAUAUUCUCUUCGGUAUAAAAUCAUACUCCAUUUUGCAAGCUAUGUUGAGGCAUUUUUAUUUAUUUCAAAUGGUAUAGAACUCCCGCUUUUUUCAUAAGUUUACGCAUAUGUUAAUUAUAAAUAUGUAAAUGUAAACUUUUUUUACUAAACUAUUUAUUGUAAAUA